CAUACUCCAGCUUGUUCGCUUCAUCGUCUCUCCGUCGGGGUGGCAAUGGAGGAAUUGGAGAAGCAAUCCAUAGAAGAAGCUUCGGAAGAGGUGUCUCGCGAAUUCAAAACCCUUAUCAAAACCGAAGAUUUGGAUUCUCUCAAGCAAUUGCAGUAUCUCAUAUUGGGAAGGUUACAGGACAGUAACGCUGUUCUUUCUCAUUUUAAUGAGUAUUCAGAACACUGCUUUGCUGAGGUUUCUGGUGAUUUUUCAAGAAAUGCUCGUCUCUUAAAGUCCAUGAAAGGAGAUCUUGAUUACAUAUUUCAGAAGCUAAGGGGCAUGAAGGCAAAAAUCUUGGCUACCUAUCCAGAUGCUUUUCCUGAUGAAUCAACAAGAGAAGCACUCGACCAAAGACCAGACCUUGAAUUGCCUCAAUAGAUAAUCUACUUCUUGUCUCAAACAUGUAAGAAUAUUAUGUCAUUCUUGGAAGAGAAAGUAUGGAAGAUUCAACCGCAUCACCAACUUUGCCAAAUACAUUCCCUCGUUUCCAUGACAUAGAAUAUGAUAUAUGCAUUUUGAGAAUAGGAGUUUGGUGACUUACAAUGAUCUUAUUUCUAUUUUUAAGGAUACUUCACGUAGGAAUAAUGAUGGAGAUAUGGUCAAGCUGGCGCUUUUAUAUUGUUUGCACACGGUGUUACUAGGUCUAGACUUGUGCAGUGUUAUAAAGGUCAAGAUACUGUAGCUACUCGACUGCCCAUUUGUUUACCAAAUACCCAUGGGGUAUAAAGGUGUGGAAUGUGACUGUUGAUUCACUAAGAGUUAGAACGAGGUUGUUACCAACAAGAGCCGAAAACAAUUGCUCCAUAGUUACUCAAAGGUACAAUUUAAUGGGUUUCUCUUUAGUAUUCUA